CUCUCGGUGUCACCUCGAAAUCUUGUCACCAAAGUAUGGCCGCGGAUCGAAUUUUGGCCUCACUAACCGAUCACGGGAGAAUAUGCGUGUUAGCUGUCCCCUCUCUUUCCUUGUCUCCUACCUUGGGUAAUGUCAACAGAUGUCAAUGUCAAUCAAGUUGUCAGUUGGUUGUCAGUGUCAUCGUUAUGUUAGGUUAUGAUUUUAAAUUUUAAUCAAAAACUUAACACGGAAUGUUGAAAAAGUAUACAAAAGGAAAUUCGUUUAUUCCAAGCUAAAUCUAUGGAAGAACAUCAAUAUUGUCGUUUAUGUUUAUCUCGGUCAGCCAUUUACCAUUCUCUGCUGAAGCAUAAUGGGAAAGAAAUGCUUUUUGCCCUUACGGGAAUCGAGAUUAACAGCGAAAUUUCGUCUACCGACUCCUGUGCAAAGUGUUGGCUAGAUUUAAAACUCGCUUAUCACAUUCAACAAACCUUUGUUGAGGCAGAUAAAAGAUUCCAAGACUUAGGCAUGCAGUGUCCACCAAAAAUCGAACCUGUGUCGCCACUGCAUGAACCUGCAUCAUUACUACACCAACCUCCAUCACCACAACAUGAACCUAGUGACAAUAUUGAAAGUAUUGAGAGUUUUACCAGCUUAUUUCAGGUUCAGGAAAAUCCUUCAAUAAAAAAUGAAGUGAAUGAUGAUGAUGAUGAUGAUCUUAGAAGAUAUCCUGAAGUAAUUUUUAUUCAAGCUGAUGAAGUUGAUACUAUUGAAAAUUCAACUGUAUGUCCUCUUUGUGGCUUGACCUUUCAAAACAACGAUACAUUUUAUAAUCAUAUAAGCAGUCAUUACAACGAACCUCAGCAUUGCACUGACUGUUCUUUACCUUUACCAAGCAUAUCCGCAUAUUGGCACCACAUAGAAACAAAACAUCCGAAGGAAAUGAAAAAACCAUAUUAUUGUGGAAAAUGCAAACUUUCUUUCCGUUACAGGCCUUUUUUUGAUAUGCAUCUGUUGGCGCUUCAUCCAGCCCCAAUCCGGCGAUCGCCAAAACCCCGAAUAAAAAAAAACCAUAAAAAAUUAAUUGAUGAUAUUGAUGAUGAACUACUAAAUGAAAAUUUAAGUUGCAAUCAAUGUAAUAAAGUUUUCUAUACUAAAAGUACUUUCAGGAAUCACGUUAAAGGUCAUAUGAGAAGAGCUUGUCCUAUAUGUGGAGCCAAAAUAACAAUUUACAAUUUAACUAAGCAUGUAAAACUACAUAAGUCUGGACCGGCAGUAUGUCAUCUCUGUGGAAUAACUGCCAAGAAUCAUGAAAGCUUAAGGGGUCAUAUGUAUUACACCCAUUCUCAAAAACGGCUCACUUGCGAAGAGUGCGGAAGAGUAUUUAAAAAAUUAUACAGUUAUAAAAUGCACAUUAAAAAGGAACAUACAGGUGAGAGAACUUUUACAUGCGAUUCUUGUGGAAAAAGAUUUUUUACCAACUACGAGUUAAAUAAUCAUAUUAAAUCGAGACAUCUUAAACAAAGGCCUCAUAUUUGCCAAUAUUGUCAAAAGGGAUUUUCAAGUCGGUUUGCAAUGAAGACUCAUGAAAGGCAACAUACAAAUGAAGCGCCAUAUGUGUGUGAAGUGUGCGGUGAAGGUUUUAGACAAAAUGUCUCUUUAAAGGCCCAUAGAAAGUCGAGACACAAUAUUAUUGAAAACAAAACCAUUGAAUGUCCGACAUGCGGAAAAAUGUUCGUUAACAACUGGGCAUUAAAGAGUCAUAUCAGAUCAGUACAUGAUUAAUUAAUAUGUUUAUGAAACAAUUUUCUUAAUUUUGUAAUGUUGUUUUCUAGUUUAAUAGUCAAAUUUAUAAUCAAACACCAUUGUUUCUGUAACCGUAAAUCAGAAAAACAAUAUGCCUAGAUUUUUACACCAAGAGCGCUUGCAUACACACCGGCAAAAUCGGCGCCGGUGUUGAUGCCGGUGCAGGUGCCGCGAAAUCGAUCGAUCCGGUAAAAUAAUCGAUCGGAAAUAAUCGAUCCGGUAAAAUAGUCUCAGGGACCAGUCACCGAUUUUGUCGGUAUGUGUGCAACCGCUCUAAUAGUUAUUGGCUCUAAAAGAAUUACUUUUUGUUUAAAACAGUUUAUAUAGAAACAAUGGUAUUUUAAAUGAAAUUAUUUGAAUUUGUUCAAAAAGUCACUUUGUUAUUGUUCAAACAAAAAACUUUUGGAGUUAAAAAAAAAGUAAAAAUAUGUUUACUAUUGUUAUUUAUUUUUAUGUUUAAUUAGUUUUAAGUAUAAAAAGUUGCUACUUAAGUAAACUAAAUGCAAUAUAUUCUUGUUGCUAAAAUUCCUAUUAUUUUAUGUAUAUAGGUUUAUAUCCUUAUUUAUAUGUUGUAUAUUAUAUAGAAAUACUUAUGGUAGAAUUUCACAUUUUUUUAAGGAAUAUAUCCUUUGUCCACACAGUGUUUCACAAUAAAAGCCAACUUUUCA